GAGGCCGAGAUUGAGGGUUUGAUUUCCUACUAUACCUCCUAGGGAAGGAGUCAGCCAAGGAUGCCCUCAGCAGAAGGAAAUGAAAAUGGAAUAAUCAAAUCAGAUAAAGUAUUUGAAGUAAUGCUUGCAACAGACCGUUGUCAUUAUGCAAAAUGUAACCCAUAUAUGGAUUCUCCUCAAUCAAUAGGAUUUCAAGCAACUAUCAGUGCUCCACACAUGCAUGCGUAUGCUCUGGAACUCCUAUAUGAGCAGUUACACGAAGGAGCCAAAGCCCUUGAUGUAGGAUCUGGAAGUGGUAUUCUUACAGCAUGCUUUGCACGAAUGGUUGGUCCCAAAGGUCAAGUUGUAGGAAUUGACCAUAUCAAGGAAUUAGUAGAUGAUUCAAUAAAUAAUGUCAAAAAGGAUGAUCCUCUCUUGCUAUCUUCAGGCAGAGUGAAACUGAUUGUGGGAGAUGGAAGAAUGGGAAAUCCUGAUGAUGCUCCAUAUGAUGCUAUUCAUGUAGGAGCUGCUGCUCCAGUUGUGCCACAAGCGCUUAUAGAUCAAUUAAAGCCUGGUGGAAGACUAAUAUUACCUGUUGGUCCUGCUGGAGGAAACCAGAUGCUGGAACAGUAUGAUAAGCUAGAAGAUGGCAGUGUCAAGAUGAAGCCUUUGAUGGGAGUGAUAUAUGUGCCUUUAACAGAUAAGGAGAAGCAAUGGUCCAGGUGGAAGUGAUUUCUGUUCCACUUUCUUCUUCCACACACUUAAGUAUAAAAGGGAUGAAAUGUAAAAGCUACUUCAUCUGACCUGAACAUAGUGUUAACAGUGGACUGCUCAUCUCCAAUUCUUAAAAGCUUUUUCAAAACCAACAGCAUUGCAGCUUGUUUUGGACUUUGUUACACUGUUAUCAGCAUGGAAAAGUGUGAUGUUUUUUAUUUUGUAGAGGUUUAAUGCAAGUUUGAUAAUGAACUGAGGGAAAGUUUAAAUUUGGGCAAAUGUUUCCUUUCAACAUGCCCUUAUUUUCACCUGCCUGGGAAAGUGAAAUGUAUCUGCAGAAAUGCAGUUAAACCUGCAAUUCGUUACAUUUUAUUUUGGAUUGAGAAACUUUGAACACUUAUUUCAGUUCCAGUGUUCAUCCAUCAAACUGCUUGUGUGCACUUUCUAACACUACAUGCACACUAUAAGAUUCUUUGUGUUCAGCUGUCUUCUGGAUGCUACUAAAUAAUAUGAAGUUCUUCAAAGCUGUCAAGGUGGUGUCAUAGACUAGCAUGUAGUAUACACAAUCAGCUGUUUUCUUCCCUUUAAAAAAAAUCAGAAACCAUGUAUAUAGACUUCAAGACAUCAGAAGUGACACUUCUUGUUGUAUAAACUGCUGUUCGGGAUGGACAUAACUGACAUAGUUUCCCCCUGCCUUCUCUCAUAUAGUUAUAUAGACAUUCAUAGUUAAGUACUGUUUGUAGCAGACUUGCAAACGAUGAUGUACCUGAAUUUAACAUACUACUGUGUAAGCUAUGUCCUCAUCAUUGAACAGUUUAUGCAGUGCUGCUUUGCCAAAUAAAAUUCAAAACUAAAAGAUGUUGCAAAUACUCUUUUGCAUGGGGGAAAUUUCUUGAUAGUUAAGCUGCUGCUGAAAAUAGGAUAAAACCUACAAUUCACAUUCAGGAAUGUGGCAAUGCUCAUGUUGCCUUCAUGUUGAACUGGAAACAGCUUUUCCUUUUUCAUUAUGUAUUUGGCAUUGAUAAAUCUGCUUCAGAAUAAUAACCUUCUGUUUGAAAACUUUUGCUACAUGUGCAUUAAUAGAAGAAUGUACAUCUCCACCAAAUGUUUUCAUUUGUAAUGCUGUUGUAGAUCAAUAAGUCAAUCACAGCCAUCUUUGUGGUUGUAGAUUCAUGUUUAUGGAUCUUAUACCUGCACAUAUUUAGAACUUCCUACAGCUGAAUGAAGUUUUGGUGGAGAAACUGCCCACCAGCUGUGUGUAUGCACACUAGUAUUACUAACCACAUUAUCUUCAGUUCCUUUUUUUCUGCUGUGUGGUCAACAGCAUUAGGAACGCCUUCUGACUCUCAAGAUUUUGUAUUUCCAUAGCACACUGUGUUACCUGUUUUCAGUUUUAAAAAUUCUUAUCUCUCA